AUUAAUUUGGAGGCAAACAAAUGUUCAUGUAUCUUGGAACUAGUAUUCCCGUCCCAAACUAAAGGCGCAAGGCAACCAACAUUCCAAGCUUGAUUUGCCCCUCCAUGAUGAUUCAUCUGGGCGCGGAGAGAAAAUGAACUGCAUGCUAAAACCCUAACCCUAGCUUCACAAAACCCUUGAUUACUUCGUUGGCCCAUUGGAGAUGAUGGACGUGACGACGUCUGUAGCCGAUUCUCAGAAGCCGGAGGCGCUGCGCGAACUCACAGCAGCCGGCGGUCCUUUAUCUUCCUCGAUCGCGAAGCUCUCUGGCUCUUCAAGGGGCAUACCUGCGGAGAAGGACUUCCAUUUCUACAACAAUUUCCCCGAAUUCAGAUCCCCCGUCAAGACAAUCGACAAGAAAUCGAAAGAGAUUCUCGAGAAGGUGGGGGCGUUAUCUGAAUUGUGGGGGAAAGCGAGGCCACUUCCAGACGAUUCCGAUGACGAGUAUGACUGGCUGGUUACCCUUAACGACGAUGUGCUUGAGAGGCUUGACUCUUCGAUUGAUGAGUUCCAGACUGUUCGCAAGACAGAGGAGGAAAAUGGAGUGAAGAUGGAUUCAGAUGGUGGGUUUCAGGUGGUUCUCAGGAGGAAAAACAAGAAAGCUGCAAGUGCUAGUGUCUCUGCCAAUUGCAUAGUAGAGAAAAGUGAAGAGAAGGUGGGGGAAGGGGUGAAGGUGGCUACAAAGCCGAAGCCUAAAGUGCCAUUUCAUGUAGCCAAUAUCCGCAGGCCACAAGAUGAGUAUAAGAUAAUCGUCAACAACUCUAACCAGCCUUUUGAGCAUGUCUGGUUGCAAAAGAGCGAGGAUGGUUCCAGAUUCAUGCAUCCCCUGGAAGAGCUUUCUGCCCUCGACUUUGUUGGCAGUGCUAGCGUUAUAGAGCCUAUCGAACCUCCUCCUAUAGAGAAAACUCCAUUCAAAUAUGUGGAACAUGUUAAAGAUCUGAAGCAGCUAGCUGCCAAGCUGCGUGGAGUGGAUGAAUUUGCGGUUGAUUUGGAGCACAAUCAAUAUAGAUCAUUUCAAGGGAUGACCUGCCUAAUGCAAAUAUCAACCCGAAGUGAAGAUUUUGUUGUAGACACACUGAAACUUCGUGUACAAGUUGGUCCGUAUCUAAGAGAAGUUUUUAAAGAUCCAACCAAGAAAAAGGUAAUGCAUGGAGCAGAUAGGGAUAUAGUGUGGCUUCAACGGGACUUCGGCAUAUAUGUCUGCAAUCUAUUUGACACUGGUCAGGCUUCAAGGGUUUUGAAAUUGGAGAGGAAGAGCCUAGAAUAUCUGCUGCACCAUUUUUGUGGAGUGGAGGCAAAGAAAGAAUACCAGAAUGCAGAUUGGAGAAUGCGCCCACUUCCUAUAGAGAUGAUGAGAUAUGCCAGAGAAGAUACACACUAUCUGCUGUACAUUUAUGAUGUAAUGAGGAUGAAGUUGCUUGAGCUACCCCCUGACCCUGAAUCUUCUGAUUCUCCUGUGGUAGAGGUAUACAAGCGCAGCUAUGAUAUAUGCAUGCAGCUGUAUCAAAAAGAACUUUUGACUGAUAGUUCGUAUCUCCACAUAUAUGGGUUGCAAGGUGCUGGAUUGAAUGCUCAACAGCUUGCCAUUGUUGCGGGGCUAUGUGAGUGGAGGGAUGCUAUUGCCCGUGCAGAAGAUGAAAGUACAGGCUAUGUUUUGCCUAACCGAACACUGGUUGAAAUUGCUAAGCAGAUGCCUCUCAAUGCCAACAAAUUACGGUGGCUUGUAAAAUCAAAGCAUCCAUAUGUUGAGCACAACCUUAGUGCAGUUGUCAGCGUCAUUAGGCACUCUAUCCAAAACUAUGCUGCCUAUGAAGCUGCUGCCAAACUGUUAAAUGAAAGACGCAUAGCAAUGGAAGAGAAUGCUCUGGCCGCUACUGAAGAAGAUGACGGUUUUACACCUGAAUCUCCUGAACACUUGAAAAUGGAUGCAGAAGCGGAAGCUAUUACCAUUGGUAGUGAAUCCUUGAAUAAUAAUACAUGUGGAAGUUCAGUGACCGAAAAACAACAGAAAAACAGUUCUUUAGAGCAUGGGAGCAGUAUCACUAAAGUUAUCCCUACUUCCAAGGAUACUAGGAUUUUGGGUAACUGUGAGAAUGAGAGUGUGGAAGUUGCUACAUCCAAACAGGCAGAAGUAAUUGUUCCUGCUCUAAGGAAGCCAAGCCGCGGUCUUGGGAUGCUUCUUGGUGGCUCAGCUAAGAGGAAGUUGGACUCUAGAAGAGGUCAAGAUGAUACAAAUUUGGAGCAGAUAAAGUCAUCAUUGAACCUUCCGUUCCCUACAUUCACAGAUAAGAACGAACCAUCUCGACAAGCUUUGGAGGAAGAAGCUCCUGCUUUGCCUUCAGAAAGCUCACUUCACAAGGAGCCUGUUUCCGGACCACCUGUUACCUCCAAUUUGGGUGACAUUAUAGUUUUGGAAGAUGACGAUGAUGAUGACAUGGCAGAACCAAUAAGCAACCACUCUGAAGAAGCAGCACCAGCAAAUAACAACUCCGAAGACGCUGCCAAAUCUUCGCCACCAUUCACAACUUCAUAUUUGGGAGACAUUAUAGUACUGGAUGAUGACAGCGAUGAUGAUCGCAGAAAGGACAAAGAGCCAACAAAUAGUGUCUCAGAAACUGCUCAUAAUGUUCAGCAACCACCACCGGUAAACAGUGAGUUGGAGGAUGACGACCCACCCGAAACACUUUCUGAACUCUCUUCCAGCUUCCAGAAGUGCUUCCAGUCCAUGGAGGAGUCUAGGGCAGCCAAGUUAGCUGAGAAGUCUAAAGGCUGCGGCAGUGAAUCGCGGUUUGAGCCAUUCAACUACGAGGAGGCAAGGAAAGAAGUGAUUUUUGGGGAAGAAGAGGGUAGUGGCAAGGCAGGUGGUGAAACCAGCAAGAGCAAGAAAAAGAGUGCCGGGUCGGUUGGCCCCUUCAACACUGAACUGGAAAAUGAAUUCCAGCAAGGGAAACGGCGCCAAGCUUUUCCUGCUUCUGGAAACCGCAGCUAUACUUUCCAUUGAAAAAUCCCUGUGUGUAAGCUAAGACUCUUCUUUUUUCGUCGAAAAUUCGAUGUUUUCUUGAAUGUAUGGAAGAUGUUACUGUGGGAGUGAUGUUUUCUUGUAUGGGUUUGGCCUUUUGUAGAGUUUUGUUUGUGGCUUAUAGUUUCUCUCUAUCUCAACUUUUGGCUACACAAUUUUACUUAAUCUUUGUGUCAAUUUAAAUGUGAAUUUUUUUUAUGGGAUGAAAAGAGUUGGUAAAUUGUACUCGGAGUAAAUGAGAAAAUGAGGAUAAGAGUUAAAACACGAGUUAUGAGAUGGAUACUAAAAAAAUAACUAUGAGUUGGGAUU